GCCGCCGCCGCUUUAAAGCCUCCCGGCGCGGCGCCGCUCGGCACCCGCGCUCCCCCGGCCGGGCGCGGCGAAGCGCGGAGCCGGGCAGCGGCGCCGAGAGACGCGGGCUGCGCCGGCCCCGGCGCGGCGCCUCCUCCGCCUCCCGCCCAGGGGCACCCGCGGCCAUGCGAGGCGACCGCCCCCGCGGCCGUGCGGCUCGGCGCUGCCCGCCGCGGCUGCCCGCCGCCCCGCGCUGAGCCGAGCCGCCGCCGCCGCCCCGCGGCACCAUGUCCCGGCGCAAGAUCUCCUCGGAGUCCUUCAGCUCCCUGGGCUCGGACUGCCCGGAGACCAGCCCCGAGGAGGAGGGCGAGUGUCCCCUGUCCCGCCUCUGCUGGAACGGCAGCCGCAGCCCCCCCGGCCCCGCCGACACCCCCUUCGCCGCCGCCGCCGCCGCCGCUGCCGCCGCGGCCAGCGCCGGGGCGCGCCGCGCUCCCCGCCGCCGGCGGGUCAACCUGGACUCGCUGGGCGAGAGCAUCCGCCGCCUGACGGCCCCCGCGCCUCAGACCAUUCGGCAAACUCUUCAAAGGACACUGCAGUAUUUUGAACAUCAAGUUAUUGGUUACAGGGAUGCAGAGAAGAACUUUCACAAUAUAUCAACCAGAUGCUCCUAUACAGAUUGCUCUGGCAAUGAAGAAACUGAAGAUGUCUCAGGAAUUCUCCAGUGUACAGCUAAUGUACUUGGUUUGAAGUUUGAGGAAAUGCAAGAAAAGUUUGGGGAGGAAUUCUUCAAUAUCUGCUUUGACGAGAAUGAAAGAGUUCUUCGAGCUGUAGGUGGGACCCUUCAAGACUUCUUCAAUGGCUUUGAUGCUUUGCUGGAGCACAUUAGAACUUCAUUUGGAAGACAGGCCACCCUGGAAUCCCCUUCUUUCCUAUGCAAAGAGCUCCCUGAAGGCAAUCUCAUGCUUCAUUACUUUCACCCACAUCAGAUUGUGGGAUUUGCAAUGGUGGGAAUGAUAAAAGCAGCAGCAAAGAAGAUUUACCGCUUGGAAGUGGAAGUAGAACAGGUCACUAAUGACAAGUUGUGUUCAGAGGGGACGAACCCAGGAAACUGCAGCUGUCUGACUUUCCUUAUCAAAGAACAUGAAAAUGCAAAUAUCACAAAAGCACUUCCACCCGGAACUUCCCAGUCCCCCUUAGACCUGCGGAUUAGCAUCAGCACCUUCUGCAGAGCUUUCCCCUUUCACCUCAUGUUUGAUCCAAACAUGUUGGUUCUCCAGCUUGGAGAAGGUCUUAGGAAGCAGCUCAGAUGUGACACUCAUAAAGCUCUGAAAUUCCAGGACUGCUUUGACAUAGUUUCUCCUAAAAUCAGUGCCACGUUUGAACGAGUCCUCCUGAGAUUAUCUACUCCCUUUGUCAUUCGGACCAAGCUUGAGGAUUCUGACUCUGAAAAUAAAGAUAAGGUGAUGGAAAUUAAAGGACAAAUGAUUCAUGUGCCAGAAUCAAAUUCGAUUUUGUUUCUGGGUUCCCCCUGUGUGGACAAGCUGGAUGAACUGAUGGGCCGAGGCCUCCACCUUUCAGACAUACCUAUCCAUGAUGCUACUCGUGAUGUCAUAUUGGUUGGGGAGCAAGCAAAGGCCCAGGAUGGCUUGAAAAAACGAAUGGAUAAGUUGAAGGCAACGCUAGAAUGCACACACCAAGCCCUGGAAGAGGAGAAAAAGAAAACAGUAGAUCUUCUUAUUUCUAUCUUCCCUGAAGAAGUGGCUCAGCAGUUGUGGCAGGGACAGCAGGUUCAGGCCAGGAAAUUUGAUGAUGUCACCAUGCUCUUCUCGGACAUCGUUGGCUUCACUGCCAUCUGUGCGCAGUGCACGCCCAUGCAGGUCAUCAGCAUGCUGAAUGAGCUCUACACGCGGUUUGACCAUCAGUGUGGAUUCCUGGAUAUCUACAAGGUGGAAACAAUAGGUGAUGCAUACUGCGUUGCGGCAGGGCUCCAUAAGAAAAGCCUUAGUCAUGCUAAAGCCAUUGCCCUGAUGGCACUGAAGAUGAUGGAGCUUUCAGAAGAGGUUCUCACUCCAGAUGGGAGCCCUAUUAAGAUGAGGAUAGGCAUUCACUCAGGAUCAGUGCUGGCCGGUGUUGUUGGUGUACGAAUGCCACGUUAUUGCCUCUUUGGGAACAAUGUCACCCUUGCAAGCAAGUUCGAGUCAGGAAGUCACCCACGCCGCAUCAAUGUCAGUCCGACCACAUACCAGCUUUUGAAAAAGGAAGAAAAUUUUAUUUUUAUCCCACGUUCCCGUGAAGAGCUUCCAGAAAACUUUCCAAAGGAAAUUCCUGGGAUCUGUUACUUCCUCGAGGUCAGAAGUGGUCAGAAGCCGCCAAAACCCUCCAUCACAUCUGCCAGAGUGAGAAAGGUUUCUUACAACAUUGGCACCAUGUUCCUCCGGGAGACUAGCCUAUGAGGCCUGCUGCAGAUCAAAGACUCGUCAAAAAAGCACAAGCCCAGAACUGGGUCAUGACAGGGGAGUUGGAGGCUCUUUCUAUUUCACUGUCUUGUUCUGAACAAGCAGUAAAAGCUCCAUGUAAUGUCAGGCAAUAAUCAUUUUAAAAGGUGGGUGACUGCUGUCAGUAAAAAAAGUGGAGAUAGGGAAAAAAAAAAUUAAACAACAUACUUCCACUUCCAGAGGAAUUUCUUUCAUAAACUUCAGUCUGGCCCCUCUAUGACAAACAAAACCAAACCAAACAAAAACACUCCCAACUCUCAAAUUAGAGGUUGGUUUUGUUUUGUGCAGAAAGGAUGAUGGUUCUCUGUAGAUUUGCACCAGCUAAGCAGAAUUGAGAGUCAGUUCUGAUUAUGCAUUCCUACAUUUAAUGUGUUCUUCAGUAAGGUAAUGAUGUUUUUUAACUUUAUGAACAAACAUUUCAUACAUAUACUGUAGACCUGUUGUAACCUUCCUGGCAGGAGGAAUUAUAAUUCAAUACAAAUAUUGUAGGAAUUUUACCUAUUUUUAUACAUAUUUCACUUUCUGGAUAAUUACAUUCCACAUACUGUAAGCUGAGUGAGCUUAGAUAGCUUUUCAGAAGAAGCUACUGUAUAUUUCAUAUGUUCUACCUAUCAAACCUUGUUGUUAUACAAGUGGGAAAAAGUCAUUUUUUGACUUUUUUGGCAACAAAAAUAUCAAUAUUUUACAGUAAAAAACACUUUGGUAAAUCUCUUUACCUGAUGUUUAUGCUAAAGCUUUAGAUGAGCAUUGUCUUGCUUAUAUAAAAUAAUGUUCAGUAUUUGUCCUACAGUGCUGUAUGUCCAGUCUUUCCAGGACAAAGCAAACAAAGUGUAGAAGAUCAAUAUGUUGACGCACAUAAAAGUUCUGUUCAGUGUGGCUUGUUUCCAACCGAAUUAUCAACCAAACUGAUUUUUGGUAGAAGCUCUGGACUUUUAAGAAAAAUUUUAUCUUGUGAAAACUUACUCUGAGGAAUUCCAGCAGACACUGGAAGGUCUCUGGAUAAUGGUUUUCCACCUUUUUGCAAUAGGACUUGUGCUCCUACUCUAGUUGAAUUAUUGAAAUUCCUAUCUCUUAUUAAUGAUGCUCAUCUGAAAAUUUCCUCUAUUGCUGGAUUGGUUGAAAGGUCCCCUGCUCUAUCUAAUGUAGACCAAAAAAAGACUGAAAAGGGGAAGGCAAUACUUUCCCAGGUUUAGUGCAAACGGCAGUUCAAGAUUUAGAUGAGUCCAUGUCCAUUUUUUUUAAAAACGGUCAAUUCUUUGCUGUUGAAAAUUAAUAUAGCUUUAUUGUCUUCAAUGAAUCCGGUUGAAACAAGAUGUGGAUCUGUCCCCUAAUAGGCAUAUUUUCAGGCAUUGUUUAUUUCUCAGGUUUUCCUUUUCAAAAAUAAUAGCAGUCAAUUUUCCUCUGCAGAUGUGCUUCCUUUAGGGUUGUACUGAAGUGGGCUGAUGUUAGAUCUUGCAGGUUGUUAGUUAACACUUGUGCAGUGAUUCCGAAGUGGCUUAGCUUUAGGUGGGACUGAUCAAAGCUCACUGAAAUCAAAGAUCAGACUCUCAACAGCACUAGGAGGUGUGAGAAGCUCUGCAUUUCUAUAAUCCAGACCAGAAAUUAGAGUUUACUUAUGGAUUUUGUAGUCAUAACUUGAGGCACCUUUUGAAAAAUAAGUAAAUAACUUUCACCACAUGUCCAAAUUAUCCAGUUAGAUCUUUCAGUGGAGGGAAUGACAGUGCUGUAUUUCUCCUCUUUGACCAGUAGCCCAUGUUUGAGUGGGAACAACUUAGUGUGGCACUGCUAGCUUGUGCUGAACAUGUUUCAAGCUUCCUUUCCAUGAAGCCUUCCUGGAUGAAAAAGCACUAUCUUGAACAUUUACAGACUUCAGCAUGUAGAGGACAUCUGAACUUAUUAUGCAGGUGUGGUUUUUUUCUUGCCUGAAGAGGGUAGAUAGAAUCAUAGAAUCAUAGAAUCAUAGAAUCAUAGAAUUGUUUUGGUUGGAAAAGACCUUUAAGAUCAUCAAGUCCAACUGUUAACCUAGCACUGCCAAGUCCAACCACUAAACCAUGUUCCUAAGCACCACAUCUACACAUCUUUUAAAUCCCUCCGGGAAUGGUGACUCAGCCACUUCCCUGGGCAGCCUGUUUUGGUGAUUAACAGUCCUUUUGGUCAAGAACUUUUUCCUAACAUACAGGAAUUAGCCCAGAAACUUACAUAAAUGGACAUUCCCUUGCUUUCUAGAGGAACGUUAGAUUUUUAGAGGACGUUAAAGAUUUCUAUUGAUAUUAGAGCAUCCUUGAGAUUGGAGGAGUUAAUCUUUUAUCUACCUUGAUAAACAGCAUCUGCAGCUCUACUCCCUAUCUGAAAAAAUGACUUAACAGAAACUGUUUGAGCUUGAGGUUGCAGAAUUUCCAUCUAAACUAGAAGUCUGAGAAUUUUCUGCAUAAGAUGACAAGUUUUAGCCUAUAGCUAUUGGUUAGCACAUAAACAGGAUGUAGCAUGCAUUUUUUUUCCUGGGAACACCAGUAAGACAUGCAAGAAUCAUAAAUGGAACAAAGUUCAUGUUUCACCACUGGAAGAGGAACACCACUUCCUAGCUAAUAAAGCUGUGGUUUUGAUGUCAUUACCUAGUUCCCUAGAGUGAAAUUUUUUCAAAUAACUAUUGAUAGAUUGAGAUUUCAUUCUGACUCACUGGCACAUCCUCACUGUUCAGUGGGUGCUGAUGUCAGAGUACCAAUCUCUUUGGCCAAAUGCUUUUUCUUUUCUCACGACCCGUAGUCCUCUGUGAAGAGAACAAACAUGGACGUUCAGACCAAAAGCUUGUAGCUCAAUAACCUGUCUCUCACAGUUGCCAAUAGGAAAUGUCUAGGUUAAUUCUGUGGUAGAUCUAUAGAAACAUUUUCAUGAGAAGUGAUGGAUAAAUGCUAAUUCUACUAGCAAAUUGGAGAAGCAAUCUCAAGAGUUUUGUAUCGCCAUCCUCAUCCUCUCAAGUGACUGUUUAUUCUAUAAGGAAAUUCAUAAUUGCAGAGAUCAGUGCAAAAACUGAAAAUUGGUGUCAGCAUCACCGUGGAGACAAUGACAGUGUUUGCAAAUAAAUCAUCUAGCUCCCCAAAUUAGAGUAGAUUUACUGUAUAAGAAUAUACAGUCCCUGCUUUUUAUAAGCUUGUGUAAAGGUAAUGUGUCCAGAACUUCAGCACUGAUGCUAAGUAUUGUGUUAUUUGUUUCUGUGUUAUGACAAAGGAAGUUAAUAAAAAUGUGUGGGCUCUCUAGGGACAUUUUUCUAUCUUAGUGUGAGAAAAGUGUAAAACAAAUUCUCAGCACUCUUUAACUUAGUAGUUGUAUCUUCUGCCUUUAAUAGUAGGUUGCAAGUUUAUUUUGUUGGACACCUUUAUGAAGUGAAAUGAAAUUUAUUAUCAAGGUUGAUGCUGUGAAGUCAAUUAGAUGGUAGUCAGACUCAACAUUUCUUCAACAAGACUUCCUUUUAGUGACAGGGAAAACUUUCUCAUUUGCCUGGCAUUGUCUUCAUAAAUAAAAAGGUUCUCAGAGCUUUUACACCUUGGGAUGAUGAAGUGGAGAGGUUAGAGGUGCUGAAAUGGAUGCAGAAAUCACGUACUAUAGUUGGAAUUUUCUUCUAAUAUUUUUCUUCCUAUAAAACAGAUGAUCUUUUGUUCCCCUAAUUAAGAAUUUACAUGCCUGUGUUUCUUCACAUAGCUGCAAGUAGCAACAUCUGCUGUCUUGAGUUCCUGUACAAAACCAUUCCUCUCUGAAAACAGAGAGGUGAUCUACUGUAUAUUGCCUGUACAGGGCAAAGGAAGGAUGAUGUGAGGACCCUAGCUGGGGUCAUCAGUCUCUUUGCUGCAAACUUGUUCUGUGCAGUUUCCCUCUGCUCCAGGCUCAGAGAGACCAGAGACCAUGGACUGACCACAGAGGCAGACCCAGUGGCCAACUUCUUGUACAAAAUCAUGAAGCCUAAGUAAACAGAGGCAGCAGUCAUUCCCUCAGAGCACUUUUUACAGAUCUUGUGUCAGAUUUUUCCAUCUGCUUGAAGCUCCCCGUCACACAGUCUCUUCUGUGAUGCAGUGCAUAGAGUUCAGGAACUUAGAGUAAGAACGAAAUAGUGAUGGUAGAGUGGUGGAUAAAUUUUGUUCUACAUCACUCUGGUAAUAUCUGCCAUUCAAAGACAAAAGCCACUGCAUGGAAGAAUUGCUGCUCAGCCAGGACUCUCAAACUGUGGUUUUCUUGCAGGAUCCCGCAGAAUAUUUCUUUUUUAAUUCCAAAGAGCCAAUAGUCAUUAGCUGUGGUUGUGUUUUUGGCUUCACUGCUCAUUCCCACAUCCAGUUUCAGAUCUGAGUCUGUUUUGAAAGGCAUUUUGGAGCCUGGAAACAUGCCUCUGCAAACAGAAAACCAAAGCUUUUAAAACCUUGGAAAUCUUCUAUGGGAAUUGCCUAUUCUGAAGAAGAAAUGCUUGCAGCUGAGUCAUUAGCAGGUCCUACUGAGGUUCGUGUGUGUGCAUAUGCCAUUUUACAAUGCUAUCUCCUCCUGUGCUUACAGUGUUCCCUACUAAGCUCAGCAGAGGUAUCAGAUGUAUAACCACCUUUUUUCUGUUUUCCAUUAACAUCCCUCUUCCAUUUUUUUCUGUAUAAAUCAAGCAGGGCAGAACCAUGGCAUGUUGCAUGCAUUUAGAAGUAUCAUAGCACUGCACUGAGGCUUAAACUCUGCUAACUGAUUUCACAUUAUAUAUUUCUUCCUCUGAAUAGAUCCUUCUCCCAGACGAUUAAAAAUGAAGGAAAAAAAAUACCACCCAAAACUGCUGUGUUGAAUUGCAAAUGAGUAUGAAAGCUGCAUCAGUUGUUGGGGCAAGUGCAACUGCUGGACAGCUUUCAGAUUCUUCAGAUGCUAAUUACCUGUCCUAAUGCAGUCUCAGAGCUUCUGGCUUCAUUUUUGAGUUCUGGUGAUCUUUUGCAAAAUUAUACAUGUGAAAUAUUGGAAAUAGCAACAUGCUUAAAUUAGCAGCAAAACAAGAAGCAUGAAAAAGCUUGUCAAACUCAGUAACAGUUGGUUCCCUUCCUUCAAGUUAAUACAUUAUUCAUAGCACUUUACUGGGACUGAGCGUGCCAGUGACAGUAGAGACUGUGGAUGAAUUGAAGAUGCUGAGUGUGCACGAGACUCGACAGGCAGGACUUGAUGGGCUCCUGCUACAGUUCAUAAUUCCAUCUUCUUCAUGCUGUUUCCUGCUCUUGGCCAGGCAUGUGCUCUUGAAAUGACCUUCACUUUCCUUAUGUUAGCACCCUCUUUGUGAUAUAGAUAGUGAGUAAUUCCUGUUAUUGUUCUUAUUAACAUCUGUUGUUGACAUGGCUGCUUAUAUCUAAGGAAUAAUUUAGAUUGAAGGGCUGCUCUUACUCUUCUUUGCAGCAAAGACAAAACUGCUACAGUGACAUGGCAGGCACUCACAUCCUUAGAGAAGGAGAAGACCACAGUGCAAGUUGUCACUGGUGGAUUUGGGUGGAGAAGUCAAUACCUUAAAAGUCCUUGGCAUUUUUUUAACUUUCCCAAGCACUAAAUUUAUCCCUGCCGCUAGGAGUUACUCCUUAACAAUGUUAUUAAUUUGCAAUGCAUGAGCAGCCUUACAACAAAAAUCUGUAAACUGUUUAACCUCAUAUACAUGAUUGAUCUUUUGUGGCUUGGCUAUUAAUCAUGCAUGAAAGCAAGCAAACCAGUAAAACUGGGGAAUGUAGCAAUUCAAUCAUAGGUGACGGAUCAUUCACCUCUGCAGAUGCUUACUUGUUCCUGUGGCUUAGAAAGGCUGACCUCCAGUUAUCUGCUGUCCAGGUUAGUAUCACUGUGUCACUAUAGCAACAAAUGGCCUCUGAAAAGCAGCACGAAGCAUCUCAGUGUCUCCUUCCCCGUGGGCUGGGGUUCACAUUAGAGACGCCAAUACAUUAAGUGAUGCAAAGUGGCAACGUUGCUGGCAGCCUUAACAAAAGUAUCAAUGGAGGCAGAUGUUAAACCGGCUGUUUGCUCCUGGGAUUUUAGUUUCCAAAGGCAGAGUGAGGCUGAACAUGUUUUCUUUCAGACUAAAAGACACAGAAUUUCAGAGAAUCAAAUGUCUUCCAUGCUUUAUGGCUAGCAGUGAAAGGGCAUCAAGAGGGACACGUUGGCUGCCUCGACUACAACAAUGCUCGCUUCUGCAUUCAGCGCUCUGGACCACUUCAGCUUUAGCAUUGUGAGAAUCAAGUUUCCUCUGAAGACUGGGGGACAGGUAAGUGCUUCAGGCACUUGUCCCCUCUACUCUAGACACAGCAUGAGGCUACCUAAAUCCCUGAAUGUGCUUACCUUUCUCAGUGACCACAGGUGGCAGACUUAGACUAGACAUCUGUUCUUUAAGAUGGCCAAGAUAAGUGAGAUUAAUCCCACUGAAUUAAGCUCUUUCUAGCCCAAGUGCUGUGUCUUAAAUCUUCUAGUUUGUGCUGCUUUUCAGAGUUUUGCAUUGGCCAAAAUAAAUUGAAUCAAACUAUGUGGCAGAAGGAUAGAUAAGCAUAUUCCAGGAUAAAUAAAGGUUUGAUACAGUAGCCAUGGUGACUGUCAAGAACUGGGACUACUGCAGUUCUGGAAAUCUCUUCCUUCUGAUGUCUGAACCCUUUACAUAUGAUAUCAGCAUUGCCAAUCACAGCUCCUGGAUGCCAUUAGGACUGUGAUUUAGAAAAGCUUUUGAGUUUUUUGCUCCUAGCCCAAUUAUGCAAAACCUCUGUGCCAUCUUCACCUGAACUAUAUGCCAGAAUGCCCACAUAAACCUUGUAAGUUAUCCUGUAGUAAGAAUGGUAAUAUAAUAUAUAAAUUAUAAAGAGCAGAGAGAUAGUUGCCACGUUAUCAUUAACAUACAUUUAUUGCACUUUUGUGAUUUGUAGGCCCAAAAUUAACUUUCCGUUAGCAGAAAGUUUCACAUUAAGCUACUUGUUUUCUAGAUAAUUAUUCCCUAGCAAUACUGUCUAAUGACAACUCUUGAAGCAAUAAGUAAAGCCAUGCUAAUAUAUUCUGUGUAGAUUCUUGUACAACACCUAUCACGUUAACAAACAGCCUUUUAGCAGAACAUAAAAUGACAGAAUAACACCCUGUCAUGUAUUGUUUGUCCUUCCAUCCUCUUCCCCAGGGGAGAAGAGUAUGUAGUGGAAUCAUGUGAUUUUGUGAGGUGUUGUCUUUUUGAUAUUUUUCUAAAAAUAUUUGUUGCUACUUACUUAGAUAAGGACAAGCAAAAUCAGAACUGUAGACCAGGAUUAGCAAAGAGUUUUCGUUGCAAACAGAUUAUUUUAAAGACUGUCCACUGAGUAAGACUGGCCUCCCAUCCUUGAAAAAUGGUGCCAGUAAUAUAUAUAUGAUAUACCCAGGAAUGAUAAAUAUGAGCAAUAUGAGCAGGUAUGUAUAAAAUGUAUAACUUCUGCUUUAUACACAACAGUAAAUAGAUGCUAAAACUGAUUAAUACCCAGAGAGGAGGAAUGCUGUUUAAUCCAUUUUGGCAUUUGUUUAUUACCAGUAUACCUCUAAGGUAUUAUUUUUUUUCCUUCCCUAAUGAGACUGGAACAUACUGUUAAAUCAAUAUCAGAGUUUCUGAGCUUAUUGUGGGAGAACAUGGUUAGGAAUAAAUAACUAUCAAGGAGAGGGUUUUUUUUUUUAAAAAGUAGCCAUUGCUUGGGAGAACAGAUCAUAUGGAAAAGAGAAAAGAGAUGUGGACAUGCAUAUUUAUUUUAAAAGAUUCUAUGGCAUUUCUGAUUUGUUAAAAUAAUUCUGAAAUUGUACACAUAAAGCACAGCUGCCUGGUUCAGGUUAUUUGCAUUUACUAAGGAGAAGGUAAAAUUUUCAGUCACAUAAGGGACAGACUCCUCAAUCUCAUUUUCUCUGUUUAAACACAACCUCUUUCUGAAGGUUAAACCUAACUUUGCUGAAUGAUCCUGAGGUUCUGAAUGCCUAAAUAAGGUUUUGAAAUGUGGCUUGAAAAUCCAUAUCCUUUUUGUUCCUUUGAAAUGUUGUUUAGAAUAAUGUAUGAAAGCAAAUUCUAAAUAUCCAACCAGCAGCAAAGGUGCAUUUUCCCAGUGCUAACCUGUGCUGGAUGAUGAAAUAUGGAAUUGUUUCUAAUGUAUGCGGUUUUUUAUACCUUUUUUCAAGGUGAUGCUCCCAGAUGUAUUGCUGUGAGCAUAUGAAUGCUCUGGUCUUUAGUGGGGCUGAGCUCAUUACCCACCUUUAUAAUGUACUACACAGCCAACUCCAUCCAAUUUAGCUCAUCUACUGAGGAAGCGUCAAGCUGAGUCUAAGAUUUACUUUCUCAUUACAUCUCUAAGUCAAAUCCCACAUGCUUGCCAGUAUUUAAUUGUGCAUUCCUCUCCGGAAACUUCUCACAGGUCCUGCAAAGUGUAUAGGUAAGAAGCCAACAGAGAGAAAGCAUCUGAAGAAAGUAAAGUUUGUGUGUGGGAGAGAGCUGCUGUGCAUAGAUGUGCUGCUGAUUCUCAGCUUUCAUGUAUUUGGAAGUUGGAUGACCCAGGAAGUGUUCUGGGUAUUGAUGCAAAAUGCAAGAAAGUGCUGUACAUAAUGUCAUGAACUCUCAAGGCAUUAGGAUGAGUUUUAGAGUCCAUCAUCCUUAAAGUUUUAGUGGAAUUGCAUGAGAAAUGCACUACUUUUGGAGAAGGGAAGGUUGUUCUGUAUUUUAAGUAAGAGUUGAAUCUCUAGUUGCAGGGAAAAAUUUUAGGGGAAAAAAGAAAGUCUAAAAAUUCAAAAUGCAAAAUGCAAAGAAGAAUGUCCCUAUAUCAUUUGACUUUUCUGGAGGUAGAACUCAGAAUUCCUCUAUGACUUUUGAUACUGAAUGCAAAACUAGAUGUGAAACAUUAGAAGUGGGGUACUUUGACAACUGGUAGAAAUUUGGAGGUGACAGUGAGAAUGCCUUUUAAAAAGUAUGUAGGGAUACAGUACUUAAACGUUAACACUUUAAAAAACUAGAAGAUCUUCUGCUUUGUAAGUAAAUACUGUUUAGAAAUGCCUAAACUGAAAGAAAGCUUGGAAAACUGUUGUAUCAUAACAAGAUACAAAGUCUAUGACAGAACCUACGGUUCACACCAUUCCUUCAGAAACAGUCCUAUACAUGGAGUUUUCAAGAGCACGUUCAACCAACAGUUGUUUAUAGUUCAUUUCAAAGAGAGCAGCAUUUCACCAAAAACCUUCUGCAAAAAUGCCAAGCGGAUCAUGUGAGGAAAGGCCUAGAUUUAACUCGGUUUAGAGUGUCUUAAGAGAUACACUGCACCCUAAAGUGAGGCUUUAAAUGUGCUUCCUAACAUGUCAGCGUUGUGCCUUCUACUGAAGUCUAAAACCCAGUCUAGACAAAAUUCCCAUCCCAAUACAUGGCAUUUAUAUUGCCUUGCUACAAAAUUAGCGGUUCACUAAGUUGCACCCAUCAGUGUCUUUGAUGCUGGAAUAUUGCUUAUUAUCCUUAUGUCUCACUCUGCCCGACUUGCACUGGGACCCAUUAUGCUCUAGAGCACCAAGGGGUUUGGCAGUUGCUGUAAGAGUGAAAUUCGGCUAACCAAAAUUUAGGUAUUUACAAAUUGUGACUGGUCUGAACUAGUGAAGUCAGCUCCCUCUACAGUCAGUGCGGACAUCCUGGCAUCUCAAAGAAUGAUCAUUCCUGGUUAAAGUGUUUAGGAUGAGAUAAAUCACUGCCUCUCUCCCCAGUGACUACAGCGUGGAGGUGGAGGACUAGUUCAGGUUAGCUGUAGGUGAGAUGAAUUCCACUGCUGAUAAGAAUGGGAGGAUGUAAUAGGAUAGAACAACAAGUAUACAUGGAGAUAAACACAUCAGGGGCAGGGGCCAGGCUGCAACCAGAGAUUCAAAGGGUUGUGGUGGUAAAAUUAUUAAUAUUUAAGAUUUGAGAGGUCUGGCAAAGAGGCGUAUCCUUACUAAGAGAACGUUCCUUUUGACUAAAAGCUGACAGUCUGUGAUUGUUUCUAACUCCCUGCUUCUGAGUUAAGAUAAUACUUGUUGUGCCACUCAUGUAGGCUCCAUGAAGAGCCAUUUCUCCAUGUUGUUGUGUUCUUUACUGCCUGAUUCCUUCUUAGAAUAGUGGCGGUUAGCACCCUCCUACUUAGGGAAUCCCUCCCUCCCAGAGGUGGAUACCUGGUUUUGUUAACAUUGAAAUGAUCAUUUUUCCUCACCUCUUUCUUUUUUCUGAAAUGGUAUACGGGUUGGUCUCUGCAGUCACUUGGGAAAGAACAGGGGAGCAGAGGGGAGAUACUGGCCAAAUGUGCUCUCACUACUAUCAGAGUCACUAAAGCUUCUGUCUGACCUGUCCUAAAUUGUACUUGCGCUAUUACUCACUUGGAGUCCCCAGAUUCUCCGACAGGGUCUUGGGUCAGACUGGGAACCAGAGUCAAGUAGGAAGGACCAGGGCUGCCACUCUGCUGUUCUGCUCUCAUACUUCUCUCUUCUGUUUGCUCUUACCAUUCUGAUCCUUAGACAUCUGUGGCCAUUUCCACACAGUCCUGGUUAGGGCAGCCGUGGGAAAGUUCUUCUUGUGAAGAAGCAAUAGUAUGCAGCCCUCCACACUGUGAACUGUCACUCUCUCCAGAGAAAAGGAAUUAGAAAUGGUAUUGUCUUCAAGAGCUGAGAAAACUUGCAGAUUUUCCAUGUACAGUAAAGAGUUUCUAUAAUUACCAGGAAAACAAAACAGAGAGACAAAGUUGUGCAGCAGGGCCAUCCCGGCUCAUACACACUGCUGUGAUAAUGAAAUCCAAACCCCAUGGAAUUGCAGGCACAUUAUUCUCACUUGCUUUAAAGGUCAGCUAAGAAGCUAAUUUAUCAAACAGGCUCAUAGCUGUGGGACAAUGUAACACUAGUCUUUUCUUCCAACAAAUUGCAGUUGUCAGAGAAACUGGAUUAGUAGCUCAUGGAGCUAAAAAUAGACAUUAUGCGCUUGCCAGAGAAGGAUGAAUUCAGCAACAGAGGUGAAAGUAUAUCAAAAUAUCAUAAUAUCUGGAGAAAAAGCAACAAAAGAAUGCUCAACUCAAGCCAAGUUACCCAUAAAAAUACAUUAAAAAAAACCUGAAUCACCACCUGGAAGAAUGACAGGGUUUAGUCCUGCUUCUGUUUUAUUCACCUUCCAGAUCCACCUUGUGGUUGCUGCUUUAUCAGCUGAAUCAGUUUGGCCACAGUCCUUUCAAAGUCACAUGCCUCAAGUUAGGCAGUGCAAGUCAUUAUGUUAAAGCCGUUAUUUUAAUAUUCCAAAAGAAGAGAAGAAGAGUCUUUGGCUUAACAUUUUUAUCUUCUUUGGGGUGGGGGGAGGGGGGACAUGUGAGAGAGAAUUUAUCACUAAACUUAUUCAACUGAAAAAUAAAAACUAAACUCCCAAAGCCCAAAUCUAAUAAGAGAGCAACAGUGAAAGUAACUGUCCAAACCUCAGCAUAUCUUUAAUAAAAAAUGGAUAAUUAUUUUUCAUUACAUCAAACAUUUGCAUUUUAAAGAAUUCUCUUUUACGCUGUGAUUUUGCAAAUUUGUAUCACUACCUGCUUGGACUUAAAAAAAACCCAAACCACUUCUUUAUUCUUCAUUCUUCUUCAAUUAUUUGUUUUUCAUAGCAGAGAAAUUCUACCAUAGUGCAUAUGAACUUGAAGGAGCAGCAUCUACUGCAGAUAGGGACCUUCAGCCUGUCUGGUCAAGGUAAAAAGUUCUACAAGGUACAGGCUGGGUCUCAGCUGAAGACAAGGCUGGCAGUAGCUGUGUGCAGUUUGUACUAUGACUUAAAUAAUUCUUUUUACUUUUAGAUUCAGAAGCAGACCUAUGUACAGCUCAGGAAUAAUCUUCACCACUUUAGAAAUUCUUUCUGUAGUAUGUGUCUUUUCUGCACACCUUUUAUAAAAUCUCUGCAUUUCAGAACUGAGGUAUUGACGAGUGUAGGGUAUAAAUGAUAACUUAUGUCAGAGAAUGAAAUCACUGUGAAAAAUAUUUGUAAAAUAUUUAUGCUCAUUGUCUUCUAGAUACAAGCUACAGUCCUUUUUGCAAAUUCUGUUCUUGCAGAAGCCUUUGGUCAUCAUUGUAAGAGAGGUCAAGGGUAAUCUUGAUUUUGGGAUUUAAUUAACAUGAAUACCAUUUAUCUGGCAUUCACUGUGUACCAUUAUUUGUGCAGUGUUCAGGUUCAGUUGUGAAAUAGAAAAGUCAAGAUAAAUAAGCAGCACCAGCAGUUAUCUGCCUUGCAUAUCCUACACAUUAUGCACACAUUUCAUGGCAUACUUUGCAUUUUAUAGAACAUAAUAUGACUGGUUAAAUAUGUAGAAAAAUAGGAAUAAAAAUUAAAAAAUAUGUGGACACUGCUAUCUUGAGAUAUUAUGGAUAUAUUAUCACCUUACUCUUGAGAUUGCUCUGAACCAAAUCAUGCAUCUUUGGCAUCCAUCCUUGCUUUGGUGAGAGGCGUAGUCAUCAUCAUCCCUUUAGUUAAAACUCAGUUAUAUUAGAGCCCAGAGAUUAAUAACACAGGAAUUUUUCAGCCAAGUAUUAAAAGAGAACUAAUACUGUUUUUUUCUGAGUAUAGUGGGGUCCACUCUAGGACUGACUUUACAUCCCUUCUUGAUUUGAUUUUCACCUUUCCCGGUUCACUAAAAUUCUGCAGUUCCUCUUUGCAGGAUUCCAUAGUGUUUUGAAGAGGCUGUGUGUAGUCUGGUUGUGCAAUCCACUGGUGCAACACACAAAUGUUAAGCUGUUUCAGACCGCUGUCCUGGAGAGUCCAGACAAUGUUUCACAGCCACAAAUAAUCCCCUUAUUCUCUUUGCCACUUCGCUCUGCCCCUAUGGCCAAGUUGAGAGAAGGAACUGAAUGCUACUGAAAAUCUUCUGGUGGUUUAUAUUUGUUUCAUUGGGAUAAAUUCGUGAUUAGGAGAAACUUUUGCAAAACAAGCUAGUGUUAUUGGCAUGAACUUCACAGCCUGAGCCCAUCAAGUCAUAGUUCAGUCUCUUCCCAAAGCCUUUGAGAACAAAUUGAACUUUGCAUGCAAUAUCUUGCCUAGAAUAACUGAUAAGAAUUUUCCAGUUGUCUGUCACCGUAAUCCUGACUUUCCCAUCUAAUGGAAAACCCAUGAAGUUCAUGAAACCGUGCAUGGAAAAAUCUCAUACUCAUGAUACUUGUUUAAACCUUUCUUCCAGGAGCCUGCUGCAAUUCUGAAAUUGGUGAUUUAACUGGCAAUUUAUUCAGGCUCAUCUUCAUUUCCUCUGCAGGUAACUCUAGAGGAUGAUUAAUCUCUGAUGCCUUAGAGUUGUAUCUUUCAACUUUUCCCUUUCGUUUCAGAGUUGCCAAAGUAAAAUCUGAGGGCUAAUUCCUGUCUAAGAUGGUCACAAACAGGUCUGAUAACAGGGCCAGACAUAUGUGAAGGUGAGAUGUGGGUAUGAGUAAAAAGCUUGGAUUGUUGUAGGAAGAUGGAUGUUGGCCUGAGUUCAUGAUGCUCAGUUUUAGCAGUGGGAAUUUUUAGUAAGAGUUAUGAGCCACAUAUCAGUGGUCAGUCAUUUACUGAGAGCAGAACAAAGGGAAGGAGCAGGUCAGUACGGUGCAGUUUGAUGAAUGGUGAGAACUGCUGUUUGUCUUGUUUCAAAUUUCUCUGUUUUGCAAGCUGGAUAAAAAUAUUUGGUACUCCUAAAAUGCAAAGAUUGACCACCUCGAAGCCUGCACUCCUGUGGAAAUGGACCAGUCUCCCCUGGGUGCAAAUGCUUUUUGUAUAAUUCAGUAAUACUGCUUUAGUGUGUCCUACAAAGCUUCUCUGAAGAGACUUGGACUUCAAUUGUACAAGCAUUCUGCACUAAGUAACAGGAUUACUACCUUGCACUAUCAACAAAGGAUGCUUAGCAUUAAAAUAACAUUAGAUGUCAUUAAGUAAUACUAGAGCUCUACCAGGGUUUAGAGCAGUGUGAUGUUUGUGAACUGAAGCAGUUUGUAUAAAAUUUCUUACAGUUACAAGAAUAAUCUAAUUAAUGACAGUAUUUGCAUUUUAGUAAUGUGCAGAGGAGGUAAGGUGGUGUCCCUAGACAUUUCUGUCAACUCAAUGGUUAAGAGAUUAAUUUCAGUACUAUGUAAAUCUGAACAUUAUUUUAAAACAUCAGCCUGCAAUCUACUGGGAAGGGAUGUGGCAGGUUAGAGUUUUACUGUGAGCUAGCAUGGACAGAAAAGCUCAGCAAAGCAUAUAAGCCAAGAUCUUCCCACACUGAGACUAAAGGAGUAAUUGCAAAAUUGAGUCUGGUUACUUCUAGCUGUUCAGCAAAAGAAUCCACCUGCCAACAGAAGCAGAGUCCAUAUAAACUAUCACAUGCUGCAUUUCAGUUUUUUAAUUGGGAUUCAUUUGGCAGUCUUAGUGGUCUGGAAGUUACAGUAAGUACCUCUGGUUGAAAAUUACUAUUUCAGUUACGAUUGCUUCCCCAAACCAACUGAUUUUAUUACUAACCAAAGACUUAUCUACUUGAAAACAAACAGUAAAAUUUGGUUCUGUCAUUUAUGUCUUUGACUGCAAGCAGUUGAAGUGCAUAAUAUAUGUACUAACCAGGCCUGUGUGGUGUCAUUGAGCAAGAGUUAUUCAAGGCCGCAGCACCAGUAUAACACAGCAGAAUUCCGCAUUAAUCCCUCUACAGGAACAUGAGUCUAUGUAAUAAAUUGAUGUGCCAUAUGUGUAGGCCAUGGGAAAAUUGUGUGUGCAGUGAACUACAUACGGUCUUAAAAGCUUUAACAUUUGUACUGCUCUUCCUAUAACAGAAUGUAUAUCUUGAUAGCUGUGACCCUAUGAGCUUCUGAAAAAAAAAAAAAUCUAGAGUUUAUUCUUCUUGUUUUAAAAUCACUGUUUUGUGAGUUACUGUUUACACAGGCCUCCAUACAGCAAGGGGUCUUUCUCCAUGUGUUGCUGGGAAAUGGAGAAGCAGAUGCUAUCUGUAAACCUUGCAGGCUAAAGAGAUCAGUGAACGCCUUUCCUGAAUCUCCUCCUGAUAAGCCGCUGCUUUUUUCUAGCAAAUACAAACAGUGCCAAUAGCCUGGGCCUUCUUUAGAAGAAACAAAUUGUUUGUUAAACGGCCUAGUUCUGUUCAGUUUCUAUUGAUACUUCUUAAUUUUCUCUUUCUGCAUCCUUUUGAGUAGGCUUUGCUGAUAUGAAUCUUGCAAAGUGUAACUGAGGGCAGUUUGCCUUUUUUACCCUUCCUUUUUCCAAAGCCGCUGAAGGCCUCAAACAAGAAGAAGAAACUUUACAAAACUCCUGCAGGCAUGUUAUUAACAGAUAGGAGAAGGGUAAAACAGCCUUCUAAGAGUACUCCAAAUUACUUUUUAAUGGCAUGCCUGCACUGUGUUGUGAUUUCACAUCUUGCUUUCAUGGUGUGACCUGCUAUAACGGUGUUUGUUACAAUGAGGUCCUUUUAGUUUGUCCUAAAAAAUGUCACUUGUUUGUCACCAUAUUAGAAACAUAAGGUACACUCUAUAAGAAAAGCAAUAUACAAUAUACUAUACAUCUUCUAUUUCAAUGCCUCUAGUUUUAGGCUAGUAUUCAUAUAAAUGUUUAUAAUCAAAAUACAGGUUUUAUUGUUCUUCACAGGACCAAGCAAAGAAGUUUUGCCUUGUCUAAAUACUAACAGUUGUCUAAAUACUAAUAGUAACAUUUCUAUUCAACAAACACUCUUUUCUCAUGCUUCUAGUUAGCUUGUGGUGGGCUCCAUCCUACUCUGGCUCCCCAUUAAUGCAUUUGAAAGGGAAAAGUAAUGAGCUAUUUUAGUGCAUGACCUUUACGCAGUACCUGAUUCAUAAAGAUAAAUAAAGCCAAAAUAUCAUUUAUGAGUUAUUAGUGAUCAGCAAAACAACAAAAAACCUUAGAAGUUCAGCCGAGUAAGUUCUGAAUAUCUUGCAUUGCUUACUCAGUUUCUCAGUUUCUGGAGUCAUUACAACAGACAGAUUUGAUGAAGCCUUUGCCAUGGACACUGGCCUUCAUCAAAGAUUGUUCUAAUUUCUGCUUCCCAUUUUAUCUGGAAGUUUACUGUAAUGGAGAAAUUAUCUGGAUUCAAAAAAAAAAAAAAUCAUACAGGUUUCCUUCAAGCCAGUUCUCACCUUAUUUGACCUAGUCCUUUGGUAGGUAGCUCACGUUAAUUAAUUUUUGUUGUAUUAAUAACACAAUAUCCAGAAAAAUUCUUUCCCCAGAGAAACCCAACGGAAGAACAUUUUGUUCCUAAUUGUGACCAGGAUACCUCUCUUACAUAUUUCAGAACUAAGUCACUGAAAAGGUGAUCAAAGAAGACAGAAUAUUAAGACAAAUCCAGAAAUUUUACACACAAGAAAUGUAUGUACUUAGUUAAAAAAUAAUGGUAUAAUAGGGAAGUUAGGGUUUUUUUCUUUGUUAAACUUUGCUGAUACACAUAACAGUUGCUCAUAAAAUACUUGUUUCUUCCCCCACAUACUCUUGUUUGAAGUCAAUAGAGCUUCAAAUCAAAAAAGUUACGUUGUCACAAAUGUAGCUAAUUCACUGGGUUUCAUUGACGGAGCUUGGUUUCCUAAGCACUGCAAAGAGAUGGUAAGAAAAGUACCAGUUCAGUUUCACUGCCAGGUGCUCAAGAUACCAUCCAGACUGUAUUUAUUAUUAUUCUCUCAUCCUUUGAAAUAACAAAAAAAAAAAAAAAAUUAGUUUAAGUCUGUGUUUUUGCAUUAUUUGAGAUCUCGUAUGUCGAGACUGCAUCUGGUAGUAUGUUGCAAACUUGCUUUCCCAUGCUACCACAUGAAAGAGUAGCUGCGUCAUCACUUUUGUGAUACCUUUUUCUGUCUGUUUGGAAAUUUUUGACAUCUCUUCAACAAUGUCCAUAGCUCUGAUUGGGCUGCCUGAUGUCUGGAGAUCUUGGGCCGCACUAAGCAUGUGCAGAACAAUUCUGUAUCUCAAGUGAGGAGAGUUUUGUAUGGACCUGUUGGGUUUACUCCUAGGAGCAGACCAACUUUGCAAGUCCACUGGACUCACCUCACGCUGUAGAGUUAGUUGAUGUGUGUAGUCACAACACAUGUUGACACGUUGGUCAGCUAGUGCAGACACACAGUCAUGCAUUUCAGUCUGGCAAAUACUAAGGAAAACCACGGAAAUUGCAGGAUUUGGAAUUUCAGAUGUUGGCAGGAGUACGUGAUUGGUACCAUCUACUCUGUUGUUUCACAAAAACUAUCUGGAACAAUAAGAAAAGAAGAAAAAAAAAAGUGAGGGGGAUUGUGAGAUAGAGCUCAUUUGUUAACUUCAUGUUCUCUUAAAACUCCUCCUUUGCCAUUGCCACAUGUGGAGCUAACACCAUUCAAAUACAGUGGUCAACACUGAUCAUCCAUCUCAUAGGAGUCACAUCUGAGUUUCCAUAGGUAAAUUUUAUACUGACUAGCUAGAGUACUGCCACAGGGCAGGAGGUGACUGUCCUUUUUAAUAACCAUUGUUAAAAGAUUCAUUGCUGAAAUGGUCAAUACCCAAAUACCCUGUUGGGACUUGGCAAGUAGGGUUCGCUUUCCAGCGAGGUUUUCUGGUAGGAACUUUGAAUGUUACUGUGAAUCAGGACUGAUCUGUGGCAGUUCUAAGCCUUGACAAAGCAAUUAUUACAGCACAGUCAAAACCUUGGUCAGUACUGCCAUGCCAGAAACACGGUGUUCUGAACAAUUGCAGACUUCCUACCUCCUGAUAAUCCUUGCAAAAGCAAAACCCUAUGACUCCUAUUAUGGCUAAUAGGAGUCUUUGUUUGGGCUACAAGUCUGCAAAGAGCGUUGAAACCAUAUCCCACACUCCUUGCUGUACAAAACCAUCAGUGGUCUGAUUCUGCAAGUGUUAUAUUUGAUGGGUAACAGUCUGUAAACAGAAUCAUAGUCGGGCACGUGGAUGUGUAACGCAUUCCAUGUAGGAAGACGACAGCACUUUCCCCUGACCUGUGUUUGGAUUUAAAGCUUAGUUACAUGGGCCGUUUAGGCCACGGUCCUGUGUGUGCUCGGGUGAACCAGUGACGUAAAGGACACGGGGGCCUCGUGCAAAGUGUGCUUUGGCCAGGCCUUCUGCAAACGUUGUGAGCAAGGGUGGUGGGACUGUGGCCAUACCUCAUUGGGUGGUCGUAGAUGGGAGUCGCACACCCAGUAUCUAAUGCAGCAUUUCAGAUAUGUAAGGACUUAUUUUUUCCAUACAUUCCUACAUAUUUUAUGAAUCAGGUCUGUGAUCAAUGUUUUGAACAAUUUGUUUGCUGCGGUUUCAUGGGGUUACUAUCUCUUUGGUUUGCAAUGUAAAUAAUAUUGUACAUCUGCUAUUUUAUGAUACAAAUGCCAUGUGAAUUGCUUAUUUUUAAAAUGUUAUAGCUCUGUUACCGUUUAUUUACAAUGCCAUCUUACAGUAUUGGUUUAAUAUACAAUGUAUCUAUAUGGCAUGAAUUAAAUUGCUUAUAUUUUACAAUGUCAAAUAUUUUAUUUUUGUUUUCUAAAAUGACUACAUUUCAUCCUAUGCAGUUUCAUAAAUGUUUCUUAAGUGGCUCAUUAUGUCUGGAAAUAUUGCUUCCUCUCCAGUAGUGCAGGCAUAAGAACCAGUAUUCCUGAUCAAAAUCAUCAGAUAUAUCAUCUAGCAAUUUCAGAUUAGAAAUAUAUGUACAAAUAUGUAAGCAUUUAUAGUUAAUCAGAACAUCUACUGUAUCUUCCUUGCUUUUCAUGUAAUGAUACAUUUUAAUCAUUUUGUAUACUUUUUAUUUGUAUUUAUUUGUGAGUCACACACAGUGUAAAUAACAUGUUUCAUUAUGCAAGAUUUCUAGGUAUUCAAGAUUACAAAAAAGGUAAAUUUAUAUAUGAAAAGAAGUUGACAGUAGAUUGGAAUGACAUAAAAUAAAGUGGUGAUGACUAUGUUCUAUUUAUACUGUUCAUUUCCAAAUUGUCUGUUAAAGAAAGAACAUUUCAUUUGCCCUUUAAUGUCCAACCAGUUAUUUGCAGUAUAUUUACAUCAAUAAAUCAUGCAAAAGUCAUUAAAAGUCA